AAGACAAGCCCAUCUCCUCUCACUCGCUUAGAUCUCACGAAGGAAGAUGUCGUCGACGACGGUGACCCGUGCCUACCUCGACCACAAGCUCGCCCUCGCCAAACGCUGCUCCAGAGAGGCAACGCUCGCCGGAGCAAAGGCGGCGGCAGUCGCCACGGUCGCAUCUGCAGUCCCAACGUUGGCGAGCGUGAGGAUGCUGCCGUGGGCCAAGGCGAACCUGAACCCCACCGGGCAGGCCCUCAUCGUCUGCACCAUCGCCGGGAUGGCCUACUUCGUCGCCGCCGACAAGAAGAUCCUGGCGCUGGCAAGGAGGCACUCGUACGAGCAGGCCCCCGACCACCUCAAGGACACCUCCUUCUCUGCCGCUGCUGCCCGUCACCAUCCAGCAUUCUUCAGGCCAUGAGCUACCUAUAGUGUUGCUGCUACUGCACGCACCGCCGUCAAUGUCCAAAUAACUUAUGCUGCUGCAUAUUUUCCUCCGAAAUGCUCAUAAUAUGCUGUAAUACUUAGUACAGUCUCUUUCAGAGAGAUCGAGCGGUGCAUUGUGCCUAAUGCUGUAAUCUGGUUUCACUACAUACUGAAUCGCUUCCGUCACCA